AUGGUGGACGGGCUAUGCGAGCAGUUCAAAAUCAGACAUCGCAACUCUGCCAUCUAUAGACCACAGAUGAAUGGAGCCGUGGAAGCUGCAAACAAGAAUUUGAAAAAGAUCAUCCGCAAAAUGACUGAAAAGCACCGUGAUUGGCAUGAAAAGCUUUCUUAUGCACUAAUGGCAUAUCGGACUUCUAUUCGAACUUCAACUGGGGCAACCCCCUACUCGCUCAUGUAUGGAAUGGAAGCUGUGCUACCUGCCGAGGUCGAAAUCCCUUUAUUGCGGGUUCUAAUGGAGACCAAGUUGGAAGAGGCUGAUUGGAUAAAACAGCGUUAUGAACAACUGUCCUUGAUUGAUGAAAAACGGCUUAAUGCUAUUUGUCAUGGCCAAUGUUACAAAAAACGCAUGGCCCGGACCUACAACAAGAAAGUCCAUUUGCGAACAUUUGAGGAAGGUGACAAAGUACUUAAACGAAUUUUGCCAGUGCAGGAUGAGGCCAAAGGCAAAUUUGCCCCAAAUUGGCAAGGGCCAUUCAUAGUUCAAAAGGAAAUUGCAUGCACAGAUGAAAGCAAUCACAUCUCGUACUGGAAUUGGUGUUGGAAAGAGUUUUCCAGUGAACAAAGGCGGAUCAAAGGUGUCACAAGCAAAUUUGAUCAAAAGAUACAACAACAUGGAAAUACAGAAUCAACCAUCGGCUCAGAGGCAAGGACUUAA